AUGGCCAAGGCUAUUGAAAUAUCCACUAGCGAAUCAGCUUUUAUUCUGGAGGCGUUGCGACAGAACCUGCGGCUCGAUGGGCGUACGUUCGACCAGUUCCGUGAUGUAGAGAUAGAACUAGGCUCUGAGUACGGAGAUGUGACAAUAACAAUGGGUAAGACCAAAAUCCACUGUCGAAUAAGCGCUCAAAUAGCACAGCCAUACGAGGAUAGGCCGUUUGAGGGCCUGUUCGUUAUAUCGACAGAGAUGUCGCCGAUGGCCGGGGCGCAGUUCGAAAACGGAAACAAUACGGGCGAGGACGAGGUGCUCAUCUCGCGUAUGAUCGAGAAGGCAGUCCGCCGCUCUAGCGCGAUGGACCUCGAAGGUCUCUGCAUAAUUGCCGGUAGCAAGUGCUGGGCCAUACGGGCGGACGUGCAUUUUCUGGACUGCGAUGGCGGAUUCAUCGAUGCGAGCUGUAUUGCCGUCAUGACCGGUCUACUGCACUUCCGCAAGCCUGACGUCUCUGUCCAAGGGGAACAGGUCAUUGUCCAUCCUGUCGAUGAGCGCGAGCCGGUCGCACUGGGCAUCUUGCACAUCCCUGUGUGCGUGACAUUUUCGUUCUACAACCCCGAGGACGCCGAAGUCAAUGUCAAGGGCGACUCUGCCGACGAGAUCGCAAUUAUCGACGCCACCCUCAAGGAGGAGCUCCUGCGCGACGGCGUGCUCACAGUCACACUGAACAAGAAUAGGGAGGUGGUGCAGCUGUCCAAGGCUGGCGGCUUGCCGAUGGACGCUCUGUCGCUCAUGAACUGUUGCCACAAGGCCUACACUAUCACAGAAAAGAUCACAGACCAGAUACUGGCUGCGCUGAAGCAGGACGCGCUGCAAAGAGAUAAGUACGCAGCCGUUCUCAGUGCCGAAAAUCCCCGCGAGGCGUAA